UUCAUUGCUGGCCAGCUGGGCCUAUGCUAUAUAAAUAGAAUUGGAUUGCUAUUGUUCCAUACUGAGGCAUGUGUGCACUCAUACUACAGAGUGUUUUACUAACUAUGCAAAGCCCUAAAGUUAGUCAUGUGAUACAAAGACAGUUUAUAAGCCAGUUUAAAUUUGAUUCAGAGUUCAGAUUGAAUCAGGAGGUACUGUAACUUCUUAAAAGAUCUCCCAGACCGGACAGGUCUUAGUCCAAAUAUGUCAGAUACAGAAGAAGUUCAAUAUGAGGAGAAUGAGGAGGAGGUUGAGGAGCAGGAGGAGGAGGAAGGUGUGGCAAUGGAACAUGGAGAGGGAGAAGAAGCAAAACCAAAGCCAAAAUCUUUUCUGCCACCCAUGGUCCCUCCCAAAAUACCUGAUGGGGAGAAAGUUGACUUUGAUGAUAUCCAUCGUAAGCGCAUGGAGAAGGACCUGACAGAGCUCCAGACUCUAAUUGAGGCACAUUUUGAAAGCCGCAAAAAAGAAGAGGAGGAGUUAAUUGCCCUAUCCUGUAGAAUGGAAAAACGACGGGCAGAAAGAGCCGAGGAGCAGAGAAUCCGUGCAGAAAAAGAGAGAGAACGUCAGAACAAGUUGGCAGUAGAAAAGGCACGAAAAGAGGAGGAAGAGGCAAAGAAAAAAGCUGAAGACGAUGCCAAGAAAAAGAAAGUUCUGACAAAUCUACAGUUCACCGGAUACAUGCAGAAGACAGACAAGCGGGGAGUACAGAGAAAACAAACUGAGAGAGAGAAGAAGAAAAAGAUUCUUAAUGAGCGGCGUAAAGAGCUCAGUGUUGAAGACAUGAAUGCUGACAAGCUCAGAGAGAAAGCUAACGAACUUUGGAAGUGGAUGUACCAACUUGAGGCAGAGAAGUUUGAACUGCAAUACAAAUAUAUCCGUCAGAAAUAUGAGGUCACUGUUCUGAGAAACAGAGUCAGCGACCACCAGAAAAAUACCAAAGGGCCAAGGAGCAAAAGAGGUUUGAGAAAAUAGAAAGCCAUAACCAGCGGAGCGCUUUAACAUUCGACGUGGCAAACACGGCCUUCAUUCAUGACGUUCCUGAGAGCAAAAAUUGUGGUGUCAUGACAAUUACUUUAGAAAUUAUUUUAGGUAACAUUUUAGGAAGGAAGCUUUAUGUGAUUGCAUUCAAUUCCAAGCAAUGCAUAUUCCUAGUAAAAGAUUAAUAUCAAUGUUCAAAAUGUAAUAAAAUGUUCAAAAUGAUUAUUUUUUACCUAUGAACUGUAACAGCCACUAGAAUAACAGAUGCAACCUUAUUCUAUACAUCUAUAACUACAGUUGCAUGUUGUAAAACAAUAAAUCAUGAUGAAAGUU